AGACAGCUACUCAGCCAAACAUUUCAACUAGUCUUCUACGGAGUACUAUACUACACUAUUACGGAGUGCUACUUUUUGUGAGAAGAAUAAGGCUACAGAUCUCAGUUUAUUCCAUUUUCUCACGCAAGAUUCUCCGCUACUGAAGGAUUCUGUUGGAGAAAUGUCAAACAUAGACAUCGAAGGAAUCUUGAAGGAGGUCUCAAGUGAUGGCUGUGUUCCUAAGACAAAGAUUGUCUGCACGUUGGGACCGGCUUCUCGGUCCGUUCCUAUGCUUGAGAAGCUUCUUCGGGCUGGCAUGAAUGUUGCUAGGUUCAACUUCUCUCAUGGGACCCAUGAGUACCACCAGGAAACCUUAAACAAUCUUAAGAUUGCUAUGCACAACACCCAGAUCCUCUGUGCUGUCAUGCUUGAUACCAAGGGGCCUGAGAUCCGAACUGGCUUCUUGAAGGAUGGAAAACCUAUACAACUCAAGGAAGGCCAAGAAAUCACAGUGACCACUGACUAUACCGUAAAAGGAGAUGAAGAGAUGAUAUGCAUGAGCUAUAAAAAAUUAGCCGUGGAUCUGAAGCCUGGGAAUACCAUCUUGUGUGCAGAUGGCACCAUAACACUCACUGUUCUGUCAUGUGAUCCAGCUGCUGGAACUGUAAGAUGCCGCUGUGAGAACACUGCCAUGUUAGGUGAAAGGAAGAAUGUAAACCUUCCAGGUGUUGUGGUGGACCUUCCAACACUAACAGAGAAGGAUAAGGAAGAUAUUCUAGGAUGGGGCGUUCCCAACAACAUUGACAUGAUUGCCCUUUCGUUUGUGCGUAAGGGUUCAGAUCUCGUUAAUGUUCGGAAGGUUCUUGGUCCACACGCUAAGCGCAUACAACUUAUGUCAAAGGUUGAGAAUCAAGAGGGAGUUGUGAAUUUUGAUGAAAUCCUUCGUGAGACAGACUCAUUCAUGGUUGCUCGAGGUGAUCUUGGAAUGGAAAUUCCGGUUGAAAAGAUCUUUUUGGCCCAAAAGAUGAUGAUAUACAAGUGUAAUAUUGUUGGCAAGCCUGUUGUCACUGCCACUCAGAUGCUUGAAUCAAUGAUCAAGUCCCCCAGGCCAACCCGUGCUGAGGCAACAGAUGUGGCUAAUGCUGUCCUAGAUGGCACUGACUGUGUGAUGCUCAGUGGCGAGAGUGCUGCUGGGGCGUAUCCUGAGCUUGCUGUGAAAAUUAUGGCUCGAAUCUGUAUUGAGGCAGAAUCUUCGCUAGACUAUGGAGCUAUAUUCAAAGAGAUGAUAAGGUCAACCCCACUGCCGAUGAGCCCAUUGGAGUCUCUUGCGUCCUCGGCUGUGCGCACAGCUAACAAGGCUAAAGCAAAGCUGAUUGUUGUGUUGACCCGUGGCGGGACUACCGCCAAGCUGGUUGCCAAAUACAGGCCUGCUGUUCCAAUCCUGUCGGUGGUGGUGCCAGUUUUAACAACAGACUCAUUCGAUUGGAGCAUCAGCGACGAGACCCCUGCAAGGCACAGCUUGAUAUACAGAGGCCUGAUUCCACUCCUGGCCGAAGGAUCUGCAAAAGCCACUGAUACUGAAUCAACUGAGGUCAUUCUUGAAGCCGCCUUGAAGUCAGCUGUCCAGAGAGGGCUGUGCCUGCCUGGGGAUGCUGUUGUGGCACUUCAUCGGAUUGGUGCUGCAUCUGUUAUUAAGAUCUGCAUUGUGAAGAAGUAGUUGCAGUGUUCAAAGUUUGUGUUUUCAGGUUAGAUAAUGGAGUCUGCUAUUAUGCAUAAUGAUCUGUUUUUUGAAAUAAGGGACUUGAGGAUUUUCUGCUGCAUUGUCAUACAGUUUUACUCAAUGAGAGAGGAGCUGUUGUUCUCCCA